AUGGAUCGGAGUUGGAUGACAAGACCACGCAUAACUGAAGAGUACGAGAAUGGGGUUGAAGAUUUCUUGCAAUUUGCUGUUGAAAAUGCUGCAGACUUUCGUGGGGUAUACUUCUGUCCAUGUGUGAAAUGUUUGAAUGGUCGACGACAAUCUUUGGAUGACAUUAGAACACAUCUGAUAUGUGAUGGUAUCUGUCCUACUUAUACAAGAUGGAUAUGGCAUGGUGAGUUAUCAGAAAUGUCAUCAACCCCUGCAAAUGUUGGAGUUCAUGAAGAAGUUGGUGAUCGUAUAGAAGACAUGCUACGCGAUCUUGGACAAGAGGGUUUUAGGCAAACACACGCACCAUAUUUUGAAAAGUUAGAUAAUGAUUCAAAGAAACCGUUGUAUGUCGGAUGCACUAAGUAUACACGGUUGUCAGGGGUGUUAGCUUUGGUGAAUUUGAAAGCAAGAUUUGGGUGGAGUGACAAAAGCUUCAACGAAUUACUGUUGUUAUUGAAGAAUAUGCUUCCUGAAGAUAACACGCUACUGAAGAAUCAUUACGAGGCAAAGAAGAUAUUAUGUCCUGUUGGAAUGGAAUAUCAAAAAAUACAUGCUUGCCCUAACGAUUGUAUCUUGUAUAGGCAUGAGUAUGCUGAACUGCGCAACUGCCCUACAUGUGGCGUGUCACGCUACAAAGUGAAUUCCAAUGAUUGCGGUGAAGAUGCAACCACAUACAAAGAUCGCCCAUCCAAGGUUUGUUGGUAUCUUCCAGUAAUACCAAGGUUUAAGCGAUUGUUUGCUAAUGCAGAAGACGCGAAAAACCUAACAUGGCAUGCUGAUGGCAGGAUCAAAGAUGGAUUGCUCCGUCAUCCUGCUGAUUCUCCUCAAUGGAAAACAAUUGAUCAGCUGUAUCCAGAGUUUAGCCAAGAUCCUCGAAACCUAAGGGUUGCUCUCGCUUCGGAUGGAAUGAAUCCAUUUGGAAACUUGAGUUGCAAUCAUAGUUCGUGGCCUGUUUUGCUAAUGAUCUACAACCUCCCUCCUUGGUUGUGCAUCAAGCGGAAGUACAUUAUGAUGUCUAUGAUGAUAGCCGGUCCAAGACAACCAGGAAAUGACAUUGAUGUGUAUCUUGCUCCCUUGAUUGAAGACCUAAAAAAAUUAUGGGUAGAAGGGGUUGAUGUUUAUGAUGGGAAUGCUCAUGAGACCUUCAAGUUGCGUGCCUUGAUAUUUUGUACCAUUAAUGACUUUCCAGCAUAUGGUAAUUUGAGUGGAUAUAGUGUGAAAGGCCACCACGCAUGUCCCAUAUGUGAGAAAGACACAAGUUACAUCCAAUUAAAGCAUGGCAAAAAGACAGUGUAUACAAGACACCGAAGAUUUUUAAAACCUUUUCACCCAUAUAGGCGAAUGAAGAAAGCCUUUAAUGGGACAUCUGAGAUUGACAGUGCACCGAUUCCUUUGUCAGGUGUUGAAGUUCUUGAUCGGGUGAACAACAUUACCAUUAUCUAUGGGAAGACACAAAAAAAGGAUGGCUCUGCAAACAAAAUUUGGAAGAAAAGGUCCAUCUUUUUUGAUCUGCCUUACUGGUGCGAUUUAAAUGUGAGACAUUGUUUAGAUGUUAUGCAUGUUGAGAAAAAUGUCUGUGAUAGUUUGGUUGGGACACUGCUUAACAUUAAAGGGAAGACAAAAGAUGGUUUGAAAUGUCGUCAAGAUCUAGCAGAAAUGGGCAUACGACAACAGUUGCAUCCAGUGUCAAAAGGGCUUCGAACAUAUUUACCGCCAGCAUGUCAUACGAUGUCAACGUCUGAGAAAAAAAGUUUCUGUCAUUGUUUGAAAAAUGUUAAAGUCCCACAAGGAUACUCUUCAAAUAUCAAGAGCCUUGUAUCUGUGACUGAAAUGAAGUUGGUUGGUUUGAAGUCUCAUGAUUGUCAUGUUUUAAUGCAGCAAUUGUUGCCUGUUGCCAUUCGUGGUAUAUUGCCUGACAAAGUAAGGGUUGCAAUAACUAGAUUGUGUUUUUUCUUCAAUGCCAUCUGUAGCAAAGUCAUCGACCCGAAACAGUUGGAUGAUUUGGAAAAUGAGGCUUCAAUUAUCGUUUGUCAGUUGGAGAUGUAUUUUCCACCAGCCUUUUUUGACAUAAUGGUUCACUUGGUUGUUCAUCUGGUUCGAGAAAUACGGUUGUGCGGGCCCGUGUAUCUGCGGUGGAUGUAUCCGGUAGAGCGGUACAUGAAGGUAUUGAAAAGUUAUACCAAGAAUCAAUAUCGGCCAGAAGCAAGCAUUGUUGAAAGGUACGUGGCAGAAGAAGCUAUUGAGUUUUGUUCUGACUACAUUGAAAAUGCUUCACCUGUUGGUCUUCCUCAAAGCCGUCACGAGUCUAGCCACCAAGGUAGGGGGAAACGAGGAUUCAAUGUUGUAACCAUGGAUCGCCAGCAACUGUCACAAGCGCAUUUAUAUGUACUAAACAACACAGCUGAAGUUAUACCAUACAUAGAUGCUCACAAAGAAUAUGUUACAGCUUGUCACCCAACCAUGAAUAUGAUGCGUGUGUUGCAGGAGCACAAUAAGAGUUUCGUCAAUUGGUUUAGAAAAACAAUAUUUGCUAGCGACAACACUUCUAAGACAUUAUCAUUGUUAGCUGUUGGGCCUAAUCUCAAUGUCUUGACUUGGAGGGGGUAUGAUAUCAACAAUUAUUCGUUCUACACAAAAUCCCAGGAUGAUAAUAGCACUGUGCAAAACUGUGGAGUAACGAUUGAUGCUCAUUCGGAGCACUUUAGUAGUGCAUUAGAUAACCAUCCUAUUCGAGCGUCCAUGCCUUAUUAUGGACUGAUUAAGGAAAUCUGGGAGCUUGAUUAUGGUGAAUUUAGAGUGCCUGUUUUCAAGUGCCAAUGGGUUAAUGGAAAUGCUGGUGUCCGACAAGACAAAAUGGGUUUUACUUUGGUUGACCUUCAAAAGAUUGGCUACAAGGACGAGCCAUUCAUCCUGGCAGCACAAGCAAGACAGGUGUUUUAUGUUGAAGAUCCCAGUGACGCAAGAUGGUCAGUGGUUCUUCAGGGUAAAACAACUGGUAUCCCUCCCGAUAUUGAUGUUUCAACCCUUGAUGUUAAUGACAUCCCGACGUUCUGCACAGAAAUGCCUUCGGUAAAUGCUGAAAAUGAGGAGGAUGAUGUAUUUGCAAAUCGUAUCGAUCAUGAUGAAGGUUUAUGGGAAAAUAUUGCUACUUGA